AUAUUAUUAUUAUUAUUAUUUAUCCCGAUCUAUUUGUGUGCUGUGGCGCACACAUCGAAAACUCCUCCCUGGGCUCUUCUUGUGGUUGUGUGGGUUUUAAAAAAGGAAAAAAAAGGGGGCCCUUUCGCUUGCUGGCUGGUGUGUGCGAGAGUGUGCUGUGUGUCCCUCCCUUCUCAGGCUGUGUGCCUUCCUCUCUCUCUCUCUCUCUCGCCCUGUCUGUCUCUUUUCUUUCUUGUCGGAGGCUUGUGGGAUAAUGGCGUGUGGGUUGUGGCUGUGAGGAUGAGUUCUUGCUUCGUACCCAACGGGGCCAGCCUGGAGGAUUGCCAUUCCAACCUAUUCUGUCUGGCCGAUUUAACGGGGAUUAAAUGGAAGCGAUACGUAUGGGAGGGCCCAACAUCUGCCCCAAUUCUUUUCCCGGUGACGGAAGAAGACCCCAUCCUAAGCAGCUACAGUCGUUGCCUGAAGGCCGACGUUUUGAGCGUAUGGCGACGAGACCAAAGGCCUGGGCGCAGAGAGCUCAUGAUAUUCUGGUGGGGUGAUGACCCCAACUUUGCUGACCUGAUUCACCAUGAAUUGGCAGAUGAGGAAGAUGGUGUAUGGGAGAAUGGGCUUUCCUACGAAUGCCGUACGCUGCUUUUCAAAGCAAUUCACAACCUGGUGGAAAGAUGUCUAAUGAACCGGAACUUUGUGCGCAUUGGGAAAUGGUUUGUGAAGCCGUAUGAGAAAGAUGAAAAACCUGUAAAUAAAAGUGAGCACCUGUCCUGCUCCUUCACCUUCUUCUUGCAUGGCGACAGCAACGUUUGCACCAGUGUGGAAAUAAACCAGCACCAGCCGGUCUACUUUGUCAGCGAGGAACAUCUCACCCUGGCCCAGCAGUCGAACAGCCCCUUUCAAGUUAUUCUGAGUCCUUUUGGACUGAAUGGCACACUCACGGGACAGUCGUUCAAGCUGUCGGAUUCCGCGACGAAGAAACUGAUUGGCGAAUGGAAGCAGUUCUAUCCGAUCACCUCCAACCUCAAAGAGGGAUUGGAGGAGAAGCAAGAAGAGAUGGAUUGGGAGGACGACUCGCUGGCGGCCGUGGAAGUCCUUGUUGCUGGUGUGCGCAUGGUCUACCCGGCCUGCUUUGUUCUAGUUCCUCAGACAGACAUUCCUACUCCUAGUGCUCCUGGGUCAAGCAACUGCUUGGGUGUCCAUCAAGUGCCUGCUUCGACGAGAGAUCCAGCAAUGUCCUCCGUUACUCUGACGCCACCAACGUCCCCAGAAGAUGUCCAAACAGUUGAUGCUCGCUCGGCCCAGAAGUGGGUGAAGCUCUCGUCAGUUUCGGACGUGUUUAGCUCUGACAGCACCAGUCACCACGGGGGCCGAAUUCCACGGAAGCUGGCCAAUCAAGUGGUUGAUCGAGUUUGGCAAGAAUGCAAUAUGAACAGGGCAGUAACCAAGAGGAAGUAUUCCGCUACGUCGAAUGGCUUGUGCGAAGAGGAGACGGUGGACAAAAUCGCAUUUUGGGACUUUGUUGAAGCCACGCAGAGAACAAAUUGCAUUUGCUCAAGGCACAAAAAUCUCAAGCCAAGGCUCGCCAUUCAGCCGGGGACGGUGCCGCCAGUGGGACAACAACAGCAAGCGGCUCCAAAGCACAAGGCGAACGAGAAGCAAGAGAAAGGGGACAAGCCCCAAAAGCGCCCGUUGACUCCCUUUCACCACCGCGUGUCCAUCAGCGAUGACGUCGCCAUGGAGGCCGACUCCGCCAACCAGAGGCUCGUGAUCACGGCGUCGGACAGCCAAGUGAGGUUUUCGAAUCUCAGAACGGGCGACGUCACCAAGACGCCUCAGAUGCAUGGCACGGAGAUGGCCAACUCACCCCAGCCGCCGCCCCUCAGUCCUCAUCCGUGCGACGUUGCUGACGAAGGGGCCACCAAGACCCCUUCCACGCCCCAGAACCAGCAUUUCUACCACAUGCCUACUCCAGAUCCUUUGGUUCCUCCCAAGGCGAUGGAGGAUCGGAUAGAGGGCUUGUCCCAGACCUUCCCGGCUCCGUUUCCAGAAGUGAUAGAGCCCACCAUGUACGUCGGUACGGCAGUGAACUUGGAGGAAGAAGAUCCCGAUUCCACCUGGAAGUUUUACAAAGUUCCAAAGAGAAAGGACGUGGAUUUCUUGCCGCCACAGCUUCCGAGCGAAAAGUUUCGGGACGACCCCAUGGGAUCGGCAGGGCUGGAUGCUAUCUCUUCGGCCACAGAAUUAAUGGUGCAAUGCAGGAAACCUCUAAAGGUCUCUGAUGAAUUGGUACAGCAAUACCAGAGCAAGAAUCAGUACCUCGCAGCAAUAGUCGCCGACCAGGAGCCAGAGAUGGAUCCGUAUGCAUUCGUCGACGGAGACGAAGAAUUCCCCUUUCCGGAUAAAAAGGACAGGCAGAAUAGCGAAAGAGACGUUGGGAAGAAACACAAGACUGACGAUGGGGCACCCAAUGUUGGGGAAGACGCCAUGUCUCUUUUUAGUCCUUCGGUCAAACAAGCACUAGACGCCCAGCGCAUUCCUCCCCACAAUCGCACGGCGUCCACGAGUUUGUUCCACGAAAACGACCUGGUUGUCUCAUACACUGACCUUGACAAUCUCUUCAAUUCCGACGAAGAUGAGCUCACACCUGGGUCUAAAAGGAUGCUGAAUGGAACCGAUGACAAAUCCAAUUGCAAAGAGUCGAAAGCAGGAAACCUGGACCCCUUGUCAUGCAUAAGUACGGCAGAUCUCCAUAAAAUGUACCCCACACCGCCAUCUUUGGAGCAACACAUCAUGGGCUUUUCUCCCAUGAACAUGAACAGCAAGGAUUACGGCAGCCUGGACGCGACGCCUGGGGGGACCGUCCUGGACGGAAAUGGCACCACUGCCGGCAUUCAGUUCCGGAUUGAGGUGGACGAGGGAUUCUGCAGUCCCAAACCCUCUGAAAUAAAGGAUUACUCCUAUGUUUAUAAGCCUGAGAACGUCCAGCCUUUUGUUGGCUGCUCCAUGUUUGCGCCGUUGAAGACGCUUCCCAGCCAAUGCCUCCCUGCCAUCAAACUGCCAGAGGAGUGCGUUUACCGUCAGAGCUGGACUGUCGGCAAGCUGGAGCUGCUUCCUCCGGGGCCCACAAUGCCAUUCAUCAAAGAGGGUGACGGGAGCACCAUUGAUCAAGAGUACGGCCCGGCCUACACCCCACAGACGCAUACUCCCUUUGGGAUGCCCCCCAGCAGCGCCCCACCCAGUAAUAGCGGGCCAGGCAUCCUCCCUUCGCCUUCCACCCCUCGUUUCCCAACGCCUCGGACGCCAAGGACUCCUCGAACCCCCCGUGGGGCGGGUGGGCCGGCGAGCGCUCAAGGCUCCGUCAAGUACGAGAACUCGGACUUGUAUUCGCCAGCCUCGACGCCCUCGACCUGCCGGCCGCUCAAUUCCGUGGAGCCGGCCACCGUUCCUUCCAUCCCCGAGGCCCACAGCCUCUACGUCAACCUCAUUCUCUCGGAAUCCGUGAUGAAUCUCUUCAAAGACUGUAAUUUUGACAGCUGUUGCAUCUGCGUCUGCAAUAUGAACAUCAAAGGGGCCGACGUCGGCGUUUACAUUCCCGAUCCGACGCAGGAAGCCCAGUACCGGUGCACCUGUGGCUUCAGCGCCGUGAUGAACAGGAAAUUUGGCAACGGCUCUGGAUUGUUCCUGGAGGAUGAGUUGGACAUCCUGGGGCGCAACUCGGAGUGCGGGAAGGAGGCCGAGAAACGCUUCGAGGUCCUCCGCGCCACGGCCGUUGAGCACAGCGGAGGGUCCAAAGAGGCCGACCGGCUCCCGGACGAGCUGAUCCUCUUGCUGCAAGACCAGUGCACCAACUUGUUCUCGCCCUUUGGGGCAGCGGAUCACGACCCCCAACCGAAAGUGGCCGCCGUCGGGAACAUGGUACGGGCCGAGGAACGGGACUGUUGCAACGACUGCUACCUUGCGUUGGAACACGGGCGGCAGUUCAUGGACAACAUGUCAGGAGGCAAAGUUGACGAAGCACUUGUGAAAAAUACUUGCUUGCAUCACUGGUCAAAACGAAACGUUGUGGACGUGAGCAUGCAGUGUUCUCAGGACAUCCUCCGCAUGCUGCUCUCACUCCAGCCUGUCCUUCAGGAUGCCAUUCAGAAGAAGAGGACCGUCCGCUCUUGGGGUGUCCAGGGACCCCUCACGUGGCAGCAGUUUCACAAAAUGGCCGGCCGAGGCUCUUACGGAACCGACGAAUCCCCAGAACCACUGCCCAUCCCGACUUUUUUGUUGGGAUACGAUUACGACUUCUUGGUGCUGUCCCCCUUUGCCUUACCGUACUGGGAGAGACUGAUGUUGGAACCCUACGGCUCUCAGAGAGACAUUGCCUACGUCGUGGUGUGUCCGGAGAACGAAGCUCUGCUGAACGGAGCCAAGACCUUCUUUCGGGACCUCACCGCAAUAUACGAGUCCUGUCGGCUUGGCCAGCAUCGGCCCAUCUGUAAGCUGUUGCCCGAUGGCAUUAUGAGGGUUGGAUCUGCGGCUUCCACCAAAUUGUCCGAGAAGUCUGUUGCCGAAUGGUUCUCACAGGCCGCUCACGCCAACAACGAGUCCUUCUCUCGGCUCAAGCUCUACGCGCAAGUCUGCAGAUAUGAUCUGGGUCCGUACCUCGCCACGCAGCCCUUGGACAACUCCUUGCUUUCCCAGUCCAACCUCGUCCCUCCUGUAAGCCACCCUGCUUCCUCCCAACCGCCGGUGGCAGGCAAUUCCACUCCGUCCUCGACCCCUUCGUCCACGACGGGCAGCACCGCCGUCGCCAUGAACUCCAGCAGCGCCCUCCCUCCUGCCGCCGCCACCACCACUGCCAACUCCACCUUGACCACCACUGCCACUUCGUCCUCCUCUUCCGGCGUCAGCAGCGGCAUGCCGGCGAACAAACCCUCCUCCUUCCCGCCGUUCGGCAGCAUGAACAACGCGGCUCCCUCCUCCCUCUCCGCACAGUCGUCUGUGGUUCAGAACGGACAGGCCGGGACGCAGCAGCAGCAGCAACAGCAGCAGCAGCAGCAAACGGCGGGGAUUUCCGGGGAGGCCCCUUCCCUCCCCACGCAGCCACACCCAGAGGUUUCCGAGAGCACUAUGGAGCGUGAUAAAGUGGGGGUCCCCACGGACGGCGAUUCGCACGCAGUCACGUACCCACCGGCCAUCGUGGUCUACAUCGUCGACCCGUUCACCUAUGAGAAGAAAGAGGAGAGCAGCUCCUCCAACGUUUGGACCCUCGGCCUCCUCCGUUGCUUUCUCGAAAUGAUCCAGAAUCUUCCUCCCCACAUCAGGAACAUUGUUUCUGUCCAGCUUGUUCCUUGCCAGUACCUGUUACAACCUGUCAAGAACGAAGACAGGCACAUCUACACGCAGCACCUGAAAUCGCUGGCCUUCUCAGCCUUCACGCAGUGCCGGAGACCGCUCCCAACGUCCACCAACGUGAAAACGUUAACCGGGUUUGGCCCAGGCCUAGCCAUGGAAAUGGCGCUCAAAAGUCCUGAUAGACCGGAGUGCAUCAAGCUCUACGCACCUCCAUUCAUAUUGGCUCCUGUCAAGGAUAAACAGACAGAGCUGGGAGAAACCUUUGGGGAGGCCGGACAGAAAUACAACGUGCUUUUUGUGGGAUACUGCCUCUCCCAUGAUCAAAGGUGGCUUCUUGCAUCGUGCACGGAUAUGUACGGAGAACUCUUGGAAACGUGCAUCAUUAACAUUGAUGUCCCAAAUAGGGCUCGCAGGAAAAAGGGCUCUGCCCGGAGGCUUGGUCUCCAGAAACUCUGGGAAUGGUGCUUAGGGCUGGUCCAGAUGAGUUCGGUGCCCUGGAGGGUUGUCAUAGGACGCCUGGGAAGGAUAGGCCACGGGGAACUGAAAGAUUGGAGCUGUUUGCUGAGUCGUCGCAACCUCCAGUCGCUCAGCAAGAGGCUGAAGGACAUGUGCCGGAUGUGUGGGAUCUCCGCGGCAGAUUCGCCCAGCAUCCUCAGCGCUUGCUUAGUGGCAAUGGAACCACAGGGCUCGUUUGUCAUCAUGCCAGACUCGGUGUCCACUGGCUCCGUCUUUGGGCGCAGCACCACCCUCAACAUGCAGACCUCGCAGCUGAACACGCCGCAGGACACGUCGUGCACCCACAUCCUCGUGUUUCCCACGUCUGCCUCCGUGCAAGUAGCCUCCUCCACCUACACGACGGAAACCGGUUUGGACCUGGCCUUUAAUACGAACAAUGAUGGAGCAGACGGAAUGGGGAUCUUUGAGUUGCUGGGUACAGCCGAUGACUUGGAUCCUGACAUCAUCAACAUCCUGCCGGCCUCCCCCACGGGGUCCCCGGUGCACUCGCCGAGCUCCCACUUCACUCACGGAGGAGACAUGGGCAAGGGUCAAGGGACAGACCGAUUGCUCUCCACAGAGUCUCACGAUGAAGUCACAAACAUCCUGCAGCAACCGCUGGCCCUUGGUUACUUCGUCUCAACUGCCAAAGCAGGUCCGUUGCCUGACUGGUUUUGGUCGGCGUGUCCUCAAGCACAAAAUCAGUGCCCGCUGUUUCUUAAGGCUUCUUUGCACCUCCAUGUGCCUUCAGUGCAAUCGGACGAGCUACUACACAGUAAACACUCCCACCCUCUUGACUCGAAUCAAACUUCCGACGUCCUCAGGUUUGUGUUGGAACAAUACAACGCACUCUCCUGGCUGACCUGUGACCCCGCGACCCAGGACCGGCGCUCGUGUCUCCCCGUUCACUUUGUGGUGCUGAACCAGUUGUAUAACUUUAUCAUGAACAUGCUGUGAUCUUUCUCUGAACCGAGCGAGGAGGAGGAGAACGAAGACGACCACAACGACGACGACAAAAAAAGGGAAAGUUUUCUGCCGCCGGACCGAGUCUAUUCUUCGCCGUGUUUGUGAUGGGGAGGGAGGCGCUCAUCCUCGCAUCAUUUCCGACACCAUUUGGGUUCUGAACUUGUGGCGGGGCCUGCUCCUCCUCCUCCCCCCCCCCCCUUGCCACCCCUUUCUUUUGGUUGGUGCACCGCCUGUCCCGGACUGAUGAGGGCGGUCCGUCGCUCAGUCCGACUGUAUUAUACUACAUCUCUUUUUUGUAGCAAAGGUAACCCUCCUUCCCCGGCCCCGUCCCUUCCGUGUCACAGUAUUUGUGAAGAGUCUAUGAGCCAUAAGCCCCCAGCCAUGUCCGACGAAUAUUUUGGGAAAGAAUGAGCAUGGAGACGACACGACUUAUGACGACAAAAACGACGGAGGAAGAGGAAGAAAAGAAAAAAAACAAUUUGUUGAAUGCUUUCAGAACACUGCAAUGUUCUUGUAUUGGAUUAUAGUACCUAGUAUUCAAAAAAAAUAUGCCUGCAUCUCUUAUUUAUUGUAAGUUUUUAAAUGUAUAAAUUGUCUUAUAUUUCUUAACCUCUUUUAUAAAAAAAACAAACAAUUUUCCUAGAAGGUUUAUACUGCCUUCUUGCUUUAAAGCAAUUGGUCUAAAAA